UUAUUUUUUCGAAGGAUUUUGCUGGGAUUUUGUCAUUUUGCGGACACGUGAAUUUUGACAUAAUAAUAAAGCUUAGAAGAACUUACCUACCUAGUAAUUUCAUUUCAGAAUGGGUAAAGCUAAAAAGCUAAAACCAUCCCAAGUCGGUAAAAACAUAGCACUUGCAGAUCAAAUCGAGUCUAUAAAUACAGUGAAAAAUAAAAAUAGAACCAAAGAAAGGAAUAGGCAUGAAAGUGAUGAAGAGUUUAUAAAUGCAGAUCUUUCAAAUAAAAUUCUGAAAGCUGCUCGCAGACAACAAGCUGAGCUUGGAGAAGAUGAAGUAGGCCCAGCGAAACAUUUACAUCUUUCUACAUCUUUGAAUGAAGGAGAUUCCGACCAUGAUGAUUUGGAGCCUGAUACAUACUAUGACAAUAUUGAAAUAAAUGACGAAGAUGAAGAAGCACUUAAAAUGUUCAUGUCAGCAAAUCCAGAGAGGACUAGAACUCUUGCUGACAUAAUCAAGGACAAAAUAACAGAAAAGCACACAGAAUUACAGACACAGUUUUCAGAUGUUGAAACAUUGAAACUUCAAAAUAUUGAUCCAAGGAUAAAAACCAUGUAUGAGGGUGUGAGAGAUGUCUUACAAAAGUACCGUUCUGGGAAGUUGCCGAAAGCUUUCAAGAUGGUACCACAUUUGCAGAACUGGGAGCAAAUAUUAUAUAUCACAGAGCCAUCUACAUGGUCCGCAGCAGCUAUGUAUCAGGCAACUAGAAUUUUUGCAUCAAAUCUAAAAGAGAAAAUGGCCCAACGUUUCUAUAACUUAGUUCUGUUACCUCGGGUGAGAGAUGACUUGGCAGAAUACAAGCGUCUCAAUUUUCACUUGUAUCAGGCAUUGAGAAAAGCUUUGUUCAAGCCAGGAGCAUUUAUGAAGGGAAUAUUGUUGCCUUUAUUGGAGGCAGGUGAUUGUACACUCAGAGAAGCUAUAAUAGUUGGCUCGGUAUUGGCCCGUAACUCUGUUCCAGUUCUUCAUUCUAGUGCUGCUUUGUUAAAAAUUGCUGAAAUGGACUAUACAGGAGCAAAUUCUAUAUUUUUAAGAAUACUUUUUGAUAAGAAAUAUGCACUGCCAUAUAGGGUUGUAGAUGCUGUUGUAUUUCAUUUUUUAAGAUUUCAAAUGGAUUCUCGCUCACUACCGGUACUUUGGCAUCAGGCUCUUUUAACUUUUGUACAGCGUUACAAAGCAGAUAUAUCAACAGAACAAAGAGAUGCUCUUUUGGAGUUGCUUCGCAAGCAAUCCCAUCCUACCAUUACACCAGAAAUAAGAAGAGAACUUCAAGCAGCUCAAUGUCGUGAUAUCGAAGUUAAUGAAUCCCUGCCUACACAAAUGACAGUGGAAUGAAUUUUUUGUUGUAAUAAAAAUGAUGAUACAAA